AUGUACAAUAACUUGUCAGUUUUAAGUCCUAAGGAUUCCAAAAAACCCGCUACGAAACUGCCACAAUAUUUUGUGGAUUUUGCCAGCCAUAGCAAUGUCUACAACAUCAAGUAUAGAAACAGGCUGGCGGUGGACACCACUAAAUACUUGAACAUCCAGUCCGACGAGUGGCGCACUAAGACGGGUAAACUGGUGCGCAAGUUCCAGAAGAGCGCUCUCGACCUCGCGUACAUUCACCACCAUCAGAAAGCAAUGUUCACUGCUAUUAUUGUAAUACUGAAGAAGCUGUUGGACGUUGCACAAGCAAUGGAAAAGUAUCACAUGGAAAGCAUUGCAACUCUUUUGGCUUCCUGUCCGCCAGACAGUAUGCCAUCGCCUGAUGAGGGCUACUGGAUCGAUGAAAUAUCAAAUUACCCACCACAUAACUCGCAGAAAAUUACACGCAUCAUUGCUGACAACAAAAGAAACAAGACGAAACGAAACUGCUAG